AUGACACGAGCCAAUUAUAAUAAGUUCCUGCCCUUUUAUCUCGGAUUGUUAUUAUUGGCUUUCGUGUGUCUAAGUAAUGCUGAAGACCCUUAUCGAAAUUUCAAUUGGGUGGUUACUUAUGGACAGAUAUCUCCACUUGGCGUCCCACAACGGGGCAUACUUAUCAAUGGGAUGUUUCCUGGCCCGACUAUCGAAUGUGAAACUAAUGACAAUGUUAUUGUGAAUGUCGUCAACAAGCUGGACGAGCCUUUCCUCAUUACAUGGAAUGGAGUUCAACAGAGAAAGACGUCAUGGCAAGACGGAGUGUUGGGGACUAACUGUCCCAUCCCACCUGGAACCCAAUGGACUUAUCAUAUGCAAGUCAAAGAUCAAAUCGGUACCUUCUCCUACUUCCCUUCUAUCGGAAUGCAGAGAGCCGUCGGUGGUUUUGGGGCCCUUAAUAUCCAAGCUAGGCCUGUUAUUUUCAUCCCAUACCUUAAACCUGUCGCAGAGUUCACCGUACUUGUUAGUGACUGGUGGAAAUCUGAUCACAAGGCAUUAAGAGCUAUACUUGACUCUGGAAAAUCUCUUCCCAAGCCAAAUGGUCUCCUUAUCAAUGGAAGUCCUCGUGCCACGUCUUUCACUGGCCGAUCAGGUCAAAGGUACUUGUUUAGGGUGUCAAAUAUGGCGUUGGUAAGUUCGAUUAACUUUAGGAUCCAAGGCCAUACAAUGGUGAUGGUUGAAUUAGAAGGAGCACAUACCUUACAUGAAUCCUAUGAAUCACUUGAUCUUCAUCCGGGCCAGUCUGCUUCUUUGUUGGUUACCCUGCAUUCUCCUGCAAAGGAAUAUUUUAUCGUCGCUUCAACUAGAUUUACAAAAUCAGUUCUAACAGCUACUGGAAUCCUUAAAUAUGCUGGAUCCACUGCCAAAGCUUCUUUGCCAUUGCCUAUUGCACCUACUUAUCAGGUUCACUGGUCGAUGAAACAGGCCAGGACAAUCAGAUGGAACUUGACAGCAAAUGCAGCAAGGCCUAACCCUCAAGGUUCAUUUCACUAUGGAACGAUUCCAAUAACUAGAACGGUUGUGCUAGCAAAUUCAAAAUCUACAAUUGGUGGAAAGCUUAGGUAUGCAGUGAAUAAGGUGUCACACAUCAACCCAGCCACCCCAUUGAAGCUUGCUGAUUAUUUUAACAUUCCUGGAGUCUAUAAACUAGACUCGAUCAAACCUGCACCUCCUGCUGGCCCUGCAGUUAUUGCCCCAUCUGUAAUGGGCUUUGCUCUUCAUGACUUUGUUGAAAUCAUCUUCCAAAACAACGAAAACUCUCUUCAGACAUGGCAUCUUGAUGGUCAUGAUUUUUGGAGUGUCGGUUUUGGUGGUGGGACAUGGAAUUCGACACUGAGAAAAAGAUUCUACAAUCUGAACGAUGCUACUUCACGAUACACAGUCCAGGUUUACCCAAAAUCUUGGAGUGCGAUAUUGGCAUCACUGGACAACAAGGGAAUGUGGAAUUUGAGGUCAGCAAACUGGCCUAGGCAGUACUUGGGACAGCAGUUGUAUGCUCGAGUGUGGAAUAACGAGAAGAGUCUCUUCACUGAAUAUGACAUACCUCAAAACGCAUUGCGUUGUGGCAAGGCAAAGUAGAAAAAAUACGUUAGAAAUUUGUGUUUGGAA